AUGGAGUGGAGUUACCUGUUGGAAAUCACCUCGCUGCUCGCCGCCCUGUCCCUGCUGCAGCGCGCCGGCUGCGCCGCCGCCUCGGCCGCCGCCGCCGCGUCCUCCUCCUCGGCCAAGGAGCUGUCGUGCCAGGAGAUCACCGUGCCGCUCUGCAAGGGCAUCGGCUACAACUACACCUACAUGCCCAACCAGUUCAACCACGACACGCAGGACGAGGCCGGGCUGGAGGUGCACCAGUUCUGGCCGCUGGUGGAGAUCCAGUGCUCCAGCGACCUGCGCUUCUUCCUCUGCAGCAUGUACACCCCCAUCUGCCUGGAGGACUACAAGAAGCCGCUGCCGCCCUGCCGCAGCGUCUGCGAGCGAGCCAAGGCCGGCUGCGCCCCGCUCAUGCGCCAGUACGGCUUCGCCUGGCCCGACAGGAUGCGCUGCGACCGCCUCCCCGAGCAGGGCAGCCCGGACACGCUCUGCAUGGACUACAACCGCACGGACCUCACCACGGCCGCCCCGCCGCCCGCCAAGCCCCCGCUCCGCGGCGCCAAGCCCGGCGGCCCCGCCAAGGCGCCCCCCGCCGCCGCCGCCCCGCCGGCCGAGGCCCCGCGCAAGCCGCGGCCGCCGCCGCCCUGCGAGCCGGGCUGCCAGUGCCGGGCGCCCAUGGUGUCGGUGUCCAGCGAGCGGCACCCGCUCUACAACCGCGUCAAGACGGGACAGAUCGCCAACUGCGCCCUGCCCUGCCACAACCCCUACUUCAGCCCCGACGAGCGCGCCUUCACCGCCUUCUGGAUCGGGCUCUGGUCCGUGCUCUGCUUCCUCUCCACCUUCGCCACCGUCUCCACCUUCCUCAUCGACAUGGAGCGCUUCAAGUACCCCGAGCGCCCCAUCAUCUUCCUGGCCGCCUGCUACCUCUUCGUCUCCCUCGGCUACCUGGUGCGCCUGGUGGCCGGACACGAGAAGGUGGCGUGCAGCGGCGGGGCGGGGGCGGGCGGCGCCGGGGCCGGGGCGGCGGGGGCCGGCGGCGGCGCGGCGGCGGGGGCUGCGGCGGCGGGGGGCCGCGGGGCGGCGGGCGGCGCGGCCGAGCUGCAGCCGGAGCUGGCGGUGGCCGAGCACGUGCGGUACGAGAGCACCGGCCCGGCGCUGUGCACCGUGGUCUUCCUGCUCGUCUACUUCUUCGGCAUGGCCAGCUCCAUCUGGUGGGUCAUCCUCUCCCUCACCUGGUUCCUCGCCGCCGGCAUGAAGUGGGGCAACGAGGCCAUCGCCGGCUAUGCGCAGUAUUUCCACCUGGCCGCCUGGCUGCUCCCUAGCGUCAAGUCCAUCGCUGUGCUGGCGCUCAGUUCCGUGGACGGGGACCCCGUGGCUGGCAUCUGCUACGUGGGCAACCAGAGCCUGGAGAACUUACGGGGCUUCGUGCUGGCACCACUGCUCAUCUACUUGGCCAUCGGCUCCAUGUUCCUGCUCGCCGGCUUCGUCUCACUCUUCCGCAUCCGCAGCGUCAUCAAGCAGCAGGGCGGCCCCACCAAGACCCACAAGCUGGAGAAGCUGAUGAUACGCCUGGGCCUUUUCACUGUGCUGUACACCGUGCCAGCUGCCAGCGUGGUUGCCUGCCUCUUCUACGAGCAGCACAACCGGCCCCGCUGGGAGGCCACGCACAACUGUCCCUGCCUGCGUGACCAGCAGCCUGAUCAGGCCCGCCGCCCUGACUAUGCUGUCUUCAUGCUCAAGUACUUCAUGUGCCUGGUGGUGGGCAUCACCUCCGGUGUUUGGGUCUGGUCUGGCAAGACCCUCGAGUCCUGGAGAGCCCUCUGCACCCGCUGCUGCUGGGCCAGCAAAGGUGCUGCCGUGGCUGGGGGCACGGGGGCAGGAGCAGGUGGGCAGGCGGCGAUUGCUGCAGCAGGAGGACUUGGGGCUGGAGGCGGUGGCUCCCUCUACAGCGAUGUCAGCACUGGCCUGACGUGGAGGUCGGGCACCGCCAGCUCUGUCUCCUACCCCAAGCAGAUGCCCCUGUCUCAAGUGUGAGGAGGGGGAAAGAGGCCAAAGGUUAAGGAAUGAGGGACAGUGGCCUGCCUAAAAUGCCCCCUCACUGUUUGGUGCCAUUAAUGAACCCCUAAUGGUCCUUAUUAGCCACAGCUUGUAUAGAACAAUGCAGCUGGCAGAGGCCCCAGGCUCCAGCCCCCUCCUCCUUCCCCUCCAUUCAUAUGCAGGGAGCAUGUACUUCAAGGAGCCAGCCUAUUAUUUUGCUGGCUGAGGAGGGUAGAGGCUCACCCGUGUCUUGCAGAGGACAAGGCACAGCGGCUUCUGAUUCACUCUGGACUCACAGCAGCUCUUCGCUCCUGGGAGUGAGGGUCUUCCUCCCCCCCCAUCCUGAGGUGGGAGUCUGCUGGGACUGCAGGUUUUUGCGAUAUUGAUGACCAGGCAAAUGCCUUACAAUACAGACUGAAUCAAAACAUGUCUUAAUUAUACACCCCAACUAAAUACGGGUUUCCUACAUUAAAGGAUGUAUUUAUAUAAUUAUUUGUUACCUUGUACAGAUGUGUAAAAUAUGUAUAUAUCCAAAGCUAUACAGUCUGUAAAUUUUUUUGUAAAAAAAGUGUAGAGGCUACCCUUGUAAGAGCAAAUAUGAGUAUUCUAUUUUGUCAAUAAAAUGA